AUAGUAUUUAUAAUAAAAUUUUCUUUUAGUUUACAGAAAUAACGAAUAAAAUGAGUAACAUUUAUAGUACAGCAAAAAUUUGUCCAUAUAAAACAAAAGAUACUUGCACGGCAUCGGAAUUAUUAACAUUAGAACCAGGAAUAGAAAAAAUAAUGUCUGAAUCAACCGAUUACGAUGAAUUACUUUACGCAUGGACAGCAUGGAGAGAUGCAACAGGAGCUAAAAUUAAACCCGAAUAUCAAAAAUACGUUGAACUCAAAAACAAAAUUGCAGCUAAAAACGGUAAAAACACCGCUGCUGAAUUAUGGCAAGAAGCUUACGAAACUGAGAACUUUGAAUCAAAACUCGAUGAUUUAUGGAAUCAGGUUAAACCGCUUUACGACGAACUUCACAAAUACGUUUCAAAGAAAUUAAAAACUCGAUAUGGGGAAAAACUGGAUAUUGCUGAUGGUUUAAUUCCGGCUCAUGUUUUUGGAAAUAUGUGGGCGCAAUCCUGGGUUAAUUUAGGUUCUUUGGUAAAACCAUAUCCUGAUGCUAGUGCUGUUGAUGUUACUCAAGCCAUGCUCGAGCAAGGUUAUACCGUUCUAAAAAUGUUCGAGGAAUCCAAUAAAUUCUACACCUCUCUUGGUCUUGAAGAUAACGCAAUGUCGUACGGAGCGAAGGCGAUGAUUACGAAACCGGAUGAUAAAGAUGUUUUAUGUCACGCUUCCGCUUGGGAUUUUUGCGAUGGAUCAGAUUUUAGAAUUAAAAUGUGCACGCAAAUCGACAUGGAGGAUUUUAUAACCGUCCAUCACGAAAUGGGACACAUCCAAUAUUACCUUCAAUAUAAACAACUUCAAAUUGCACUCAGAGGAGGUGCUAAUCCAGGUUUUCACGAAGCCGUUGGUGAUACAAUUGCACUUUCUGUUGCCACGCCAAAACAUCUAGAAAAAGUUGGUUUACUCCAAAACUAUGUUGACUCCGAGGAAGCUUCAAUUAAUGCCUUAAUGGACAUGGCUUUAGAAAGAGUUGCAUUCUUACCAUUUGGAUUAUNCUGA